CAGCCCGGGGCCGGGGGCACACCUCCCGUGCCGUCCCCCGGGCCCCGCGGGCCGGAGCAAACGGCAACGGGCACGUCUUUGGUUCUGAAAUAGUUGAUUAUAAUGGAAUAAAGCCCUCAGAGGGCGGCAGCUGCGUUAAUAACGACCUCGCGGUGUCGGCUCACGGGCUCGGAGCCAGGUACGGGCCUGGCCCACAAUCCUUUCCCCCGCCGCCGAGCCGCGCUACCGAACGCGCCGCGGUAACGACCGCGCCGCGGCACCGCACGCCAUCGGGGCGUGCAAGGCGGCGUGCGGAGCUACUACACCGCGGUCGCGCGUUGUGGGCGUGGAGCAAUGAAAUAUGGUGCUUUACAGGCAUGGAAGAAGAUGAGUCAGCACCUCAGGGAGUUUACAACCGCGGGCCCGGAGCCUGCGAUUAACUGUGCAGGAGCCAGAGGGAAAUGAAUUUCCGUAGCCCCAGCGCCUGGGUGCCCGCUGUGCGCAGGGGCUGAGCGGGACCUGGACGGGCAGGACGGGCGAUGGGGUGUCCUGGGCGCGGGGCCUCACGCAAACCCCGGGCAGUGCUGUCUCCGCUAAAGGAGAAGCUGCUCCCUCAGUGCAAGAGUUGAAACUCUUUAGCCUUCCUCUGUGUCACCUCUAUGGCCAUGGAUAUCUCCAGGUGUGACGCUGAGAAGCUGCUGCUGUGAGACCCCGACGGCUCUUCCCAUCGGCUCUGAGGGGCGAACGCGAGCGUGAGCUCUCACCUGCGACCGCACCACGAAGUACCUGCUCUUGGCCUCCAGAGAGCCCAGCGCGAGCAUCGCAGGAGGAGCUGGGCUGAAUAAAAGAGCUCUGUUUGAUGUCUGAAUGCACAGGGGACUCCCCCUCCUCCUCCAACUCCCACCCCUUUUAUUUCGCUCCCUCGCCCUCUCUCCCUUCCUCCUCCCCUUCCUUUCUCUCUCCCCGCUCCCGCUCUGGCUCACACACACCCUUUGCAGACCGUGCGCUCAGUGCCAGUGUCUAAUGGCACCGAAGUGAACAGGCGAGCGCUGCUCCCGGGGCGCGCGGCGCAGCCGGCCUGCCGCAGAUGAAUCCCUCCUAACUAGCGCCGAGGGGUCGGGAGGGACGGCCGAGGAGGGGAGAGCCCGAGGGGCGAGCCGGGAAGACGAGGAUAGCGGUGUGCGGAAGAGGACAGACCCGCGAGCAGCUUCACGGCUACCUGUCGACACAUGCUGUGCUCCAUGGCUAACUCGGGCUGCCUCCUUGUCUCCAACUCAGGCAUGCUUCCUCACUCUCUCCCCUGUCCUCCAGCCUUCCUCUACCUCCAACAGGGUAACCAGGACGCCACGGCUCCGCCGGACGCGAUGGCUCAGCCCUACCCCCCGGCCCAGUACCCCCCACCCCCCCAGAAUGGGAUCCCCGCAGAAUACGCACCGCCGCACCCCCACCCCACGCAGGACUACUCGGGGCAAAGCACAGUACCGGAGCACGCCAUGACCCUCUACACACCAGCACAGAGCCACGCCGAGCAGCCGGGCACCGACGCCAGCACACAGUCCAUAGCAGGAACACAGACAGUACCGCAGACAGACGAGGCGGCACAGACAGACAGCCAGCAGCUACACUCCUCAGACAACACAGACAAGCAGCAGCCCAAGAGGUUACACGUCUCCAACAUCCCCUUCCGAUUCCGGGACCCUGACCUGCGGCAAAUGUUUGGGCAAUUUGGGAAGAUCCUGGACGUGGAGAUCAUUUUCAAUGAGCGGGGCUCCAAGGGUUUUGGGUUUGUAACUUUUGAAACUAGCACAGAUGCCGACCGGGCACGGGAGAAGCUGAAUGGCACCAUCGUAGAGGGCCGGAAGAUUGAGGUGAACAAUGCCACAGCCCGGGUCAUGACGAACAAGAAGGCUGCCAACCCCUACACCAACGGCUGGAAGCUGAACCCGGUGGUGGGAGCAGUCUACGGCCCUGAGUUCUAUGCAGUAACGGGGUUCCCGUACCCCGCCACGGGGACGGCCGUGGCCUACAGAGGGGCACACUUACGGGGACGAGGACGCGCUGUCUACAACACCUUCCGGGCUGCACCGCCGCCACCCCCCAUCCCCACCUAUGGCGCGGUCGUCUACCAGGAUGGGUUCUAUGGAGCCGAGAUCUACGGGGGUUACGCCGCCUACAGAUACGCCCAGCCGGCAGCAGCAGCGGCAGCAUACAGCGACAGUUACGGCAGAGUGUAUGCAGCGGCAGACCCAUACCACCACACCAUCGGCCCCGCUGCCACGUACAGCAUCGGCACCAUGGCUAGUCUAUACCGAGGAGGGUACAGCCGCUUCACUCCCUACUAGCAAGACAGACACAGCCCCUCCCACCACUAACACUGACUGCUCACUAGCACCAAACCAAACCAGGCAGACAGAGCCGAGGCCGAGCCUCUGGAGGAACCGCGGGCCCUGCCCAGGCGGGCUGGGGCUGGGCCUGGGCCUGGGGCUGGGCUCCGCUGAGCCUCGGCAGCCCACACCUGUAGGGUUACCUCAAGCCGCUCCAUCCCGCCGCCUGCCCGCAUCUCCUGCACCGUCCGCCUGCCCCGGUGCAGCCCUGCGCCUCGGUGAUGCCGAGCACCGCAGGACCCCGGGCGGCCCCUGCCCCCGGCAUCCCUGUGGACUGCAGGGAGUGGGGCCAGCCCUCGGCCCCAGUGGCACCCCGCUCCCAGAGCCGGGUCAUGGGGUCCCUGGGCAGCUCCGCCCCAGCCUGAUCCCCUGGCGGGUGCUGCCCUUGCUCUGGGGGGCAGGGGGCUUGUCCCCCCAUGAGGCAGGAGGGGAUGCUCUGCCCACAGGGGUGGGGGGCACAGAGCUGACUGCAGCCCCAGAGCAGCCCCUCUGCCCCCAAUAGAAGAGACAGGAGCUGGUGGGGACUUCUGUAUGCUCCCUGGGGACAGAGCUGGGCUGGGGCAGGGACGCUAGGGACAGCCCCCCCCGGGGCAGCCCCCCAGGCAGCAGCGCUUCUCUGGGGUGACUGUGCUGCUCCAUGGAGGAGCUCUGGUGCAGCAGGAUGGCUCCACAGCCGUGGGGUGCAGUAUGGGGCUCGUGGGGGGCCGAGCUGGUGCCUGCAUCCUUCCCAAACAGCAGCUUGGCCAGGCUGCCCCGCACGCUGCUCCAGCAAAAGACUUGCCUCUCUGUUUCUGUUGUAGUGAAACUGCGGCCGUUUCCUUCUGGGACCAGGAAGGGCAAAAAAAAUCCACACACACACACACAAAAAAAAUAAAAAAUAAAAAAAUUAAAAGCAAAGCAACAAAAAAAAAAAAAGCAAAGCGGUAACAGCCAAGUGAAAGUCCCAUACUGUCCACACACGCACCGAGCGAGUCCCGAAGGAGCGCCGCAGCGAGCACGGACCAGCCGGACGCGCCAGAGGGGUCCCUCUCCGCCCCGGCCCCGCAGCCCGUGGCAGGGAGGGAGAGCUGGCACGCCGCCGAGCGCGGGGGCGUCCGGAGGGGCCUCCGCCUGCCCAGGCGCAGGGCCUGGGCACCACGUCUUCCUUUCCGCUCCGGCACGGCGGCGCUGGGGGUGCCGGUGGAGUGCUGUGGCACGCUGCCCCUUCCCCGGCUCUGGGGACUGGGCGCCAGGGUGGGAACCCGGCUUCGUUUUUUCCGAGCUCCGGCGCUUGCCGGUCAUCAGCGUGUCGAGUGUGCGAGGCCUUGGCUCCCAAGGGGAGCUGGGGCAGCGGUGCAGCCGCUUUGCUGAGGCGCUGGGCGUUGCAGGGGGAUAAGCCUCUGCCUUUUAAAGGGAAUUUUUGUUAAGAGGAGCUUGCAACUCGCUUGCGAUCCCUUUCCCCUCCCUCCCCUCCAUUCCCUGACGCACCUGAGGCUCCCACCCUGCAGGGAGCAACCCUGACUGACGCCGCUUGUGGCCCCCUGCGCUGAGCUGGGACAAGGACUGCCCUGUUCCCACUCCCGCCUGCUCCAUGGCAUGGGACAUGCUCACAGCCACCUGUCCCUGCCCAAGACAGCGGGAUACCGCCAGCCCUCAACGGGGGAUCUCGGCCAUGGCAUCACCCAGAACUGGGGGCCAGCAUCGCCUGUGGGGACCAGCCCGAGCCCUGGGGUCGGUCUGCAGCAGCCAGCAUGCCAGGUCCAGUGCCCGGCAGCACAGGCCAUCGCAGAGCCCACCCUGGGGUGCAGCCCCGUCCCACGGGGCGUCCUCGCGCUCAGUCCCCUGCGCCCUGCCCCAUGUGGCUCUGCCACUCCUCAAACCUCACUUUAUAGUCUGCAGAUGCCCCCGACGCUCCAGCAACGAGCUCCCCCUUUUCUAUUCCCGGUGUACAUAGCCCUGGCCACCCCGGCCCCGCGCCCCUACCCCUGUACAAAGCUCCUUCCAUCGCUGUACUGGCUUCUUCCUUACAGCAAACCCCUGCGCUGGCCGCCAGCGCGCAGGCUGGCACCGACCCAUCCUGUAUGCUUCAAAGGUGUGACCAUUCUAAUAAACAGUAUUAUUAUUAUUAUUAUUAUUACAAGGAUUAUUAUUAUUAUUAUUGAAAUUAUUAAUAAAGAUUUCUUUCUUCAA